AUGAAUCAUCCAAAGACUUAUUUCUAAACCCCAUUAUCAAAUUUAGCCAAAGUAACUACAAAUACAUAAGUGGAUGAAUGGAAUGAAGAGGACGAAGUUUAAACAUAGAAUUCAACUUUAUUUAUCAUUUAGUCUUGUCUUAGUAAGACAAUAGUGGAAGAUUUUAAAAUAAAACCCUGUUGCGUAAGAUUAAAAAAGAGAGAUUGGAAAGAUUAAUUCAUUUGGCUCUGA